CUCUGUAUUCCACCACCACACCAUCGAACCAGACCAAACGCCUCUCGCUAGAAAGCCCAGAUCUUUAAGCUUCAUCUAAUACCCCUACUAUUUAUAAUGCCUCCCAAGAAGUCAACUGCUGCUGCGCCAAAGAAGGCUGCUGCCGCCGCUCCCGCUCAUGCAUCUUACCUUGAUAUGGUAAAGGAUGCGAUCAUUAACCUCAAGGAGCGAAAUGGUUCCAGCCGACAAGCCAUCCAGAAAUACAUCAAAGCGAACAACAGCCUAGGCGAUGUCACCGAUGCCAUGUUUAAAUCGCAUGUCAACCGCGCCAUUCAGUCAGGUGAAAAGAGCGGCCAGUUCACGCGUCCUAAGGGUGCUUCCGGUACUGUGAAGCUUGCGAAGAAGGAGCCUAAGGCUGCCCCAGCGAAGAAGGAGACUAAACCUGCGGUCGAGAAGAAGGAGAAGAAACCUGUCGCCGUUACGAAGGCGAAGAAGCCGGCUGCUACGAAGGCUAAGCCCGCUACCACCAAGAAGACAACCGCCAAGGCUCCUCCCAAGAAGCCUGUCGCCGCAGCGAAACCCAAAGCUAAUGCUAGCAAGGUUCGCAAGACCGCUACUGCCGCCCCAGCUGUGGCCGACGAGGUGUCCCGCGUGCUUGGGAAGACCAAGUCUGGUCGCGUCACCAAGACCAAGGCUCCCGCCGCGGCGGCCAAGCCCACCAAAAAGGCUGCCCCCAAGAAGACUGGCCCCAAGAAGACGGCAGCGAAGAAGGCGACGCCGAAGAAGGCAACACCAAAGAAGGCUGAGGCAUGAACGGGGUUUCCUGAACCUUCCUCUCUUUCUCGUUCUUCUAACAAGGCUCUCCUGCUGGGCUAGUACAUCGCAGCGUCCAUCCGGACGACUACGAAAGUUGGCCUAGUGUAUGAGCAUUGUACGUGAUAUCCCCUUUUUCUCUUUCCACGAGGUGUCGGUCCGGAUACAGGCAUGGGAGUCGGUAGUGGUAUUUGGGUGUCUUCUCAUCAUUACAGGACGCCGUUUUUUUGGUAGUCAGGUUAUUCUCAAGUGGGUGUCGGCGUUCAUGCGGCGUCUGCUAUCGUUUAUGGGAUCACUGUAGUUUAUUCUUUAUGUGCUGAGUUUGCACAUGAGAAAAUGAUAGCGCGGGACGUGAUGCUAUCGUCUGAGAAUGAAUCGAAAAUAUACUUCAACUCUGA